UUAGGUUCCCUUCACCGUCAGUUUCAGACGAGCCUUCGCAAGUAUCGUUACGCGCACCUAGCGAAUUGAUCGUGAUUAUCUUUAAACUUUGAAACAGUUAUACAGACAUUAGCCUAAGCUUACAACAGUUUUUUGUGUUUCUUUAAGUGAAAAAAAGAACGAAAUGGUUGUUUUAGAAGGAGGUGGCAUGCUUUCAUCUGCCGGAAACCAAUACUUACAGCCCGACUAUCUUAGUCCAUUACCCACAACGCUGGACGCAAAAAAGAGCCCUCUAGCUCUCCUGGCCCAGACUUGCUCUCAGAUCGGAGCGGACAGUCCAAACAACAAACCUCUAGUUUCUUCUUUGGAGAAGAACAAGUCCAAGACUGAAUCCCGUACAUCACCGGCUGCGGCUCGUGAAAAAAACGAGAAAAACAUUCAUCGCACUACUCCAUCCGAGAAUAAACUUGCUUUCAAACCUUAUGAAAGCAAUGUGCUGACUAAAAGAAGUAGCGAUGAAGGACUCAGACCUUCCAGCAAGAGUAGCAUGGAAAAUGACAAGAAAUCCCCGAUGAGUGAUAGAUCAAAGUCAGUUUCACCUUCUGGAGGUGCUUGUUCUCCAGCUACAGAUAACGGAAAGGCUUCUCCGGAGUCCCAGAAGCAGACUACUCCGUCCGCAAGUCCAAUUAUACGUUCAGGCCUGGAAAUACUUCAAGGAAGCGGAAAAGAUUCUGGAUUAAGUGCUUACAAGCCUCUGCCUGGAUCACUCAGCAACUCCCUAGGCUUGUGCUGUCCCCCUGGAUUGGAUCCAGCAACAAACCCAGCUUUUAGACCUCCGUUUCCUGGAGUUCCGUUCAGUCAUCAUCACGCAGCUAUGUUAGGAUAUUCCGGAGCGGCUCCUGGUGCAUAUUUGAGUUAUGCUAGAGUUAAAACUCCUUCGGGAGGUGAAGCUUUGGUGCCAGUGUGCAAGGACCCUUACUGCGCUGGGUGCCAGUUCAGUUUACAAAACCAACAGUUACUCAUGAGUGCUGCAGCAGCUUCGCAAUCAUGUCCUUCGGGUUGUACCCAGUGCGAUCAUCAAAAGUACAACCUAGCCAUGGCGAUGUCCCUUACACCGCCUAGUUCUCUAGCUUACUCUUCGCUAGGAAGACCAUACGUUUGUAACUGGAUUGCUGGCGAUGCGUAUUGUGGAAAACGUUUUGUUACCUCUGACGAGCUCUUGCAACACCUGAGAACACACACUAGCGGUUCUGAUGCGAGUAGCGCGGCGAUGCUGAGCCACGCAGGACUUCUUCAUCGGGCAGGAUACCCCACAGCACCUCUGAGUCCUCUGAGUGCAGCAAGGUAUCAUCCAUACGCCAAACCAGGACUUGCUACUAGUCUUGCAGCAAGUCCUUACAGCGCCUUCAAUCCAACCACCCUGGGACCUUAUUAUUCACCAUAUUCUCUGUACGGUCAGCGACUUGGAAGUGCAGCAGUGCAUCCGUAGUGACUUUGAGAUGCGUUCUAGCCUGAUCAGCGGGCCUUUGGACUGUGAUACUGAAUUCUUGUACAUAGAUUUUGAUAAUAAGUGCAAUGGAUUUUGUGAGCGUGUAAGGAUGUGACUGAUGAGUGCGUGACGAUUGUCUCGAUUUUCACAAAACAAGUUCAACUCUGUUGAGGGAGAUAAAAUUAAGGAUUGUAAUUAUUAUUAUUGAUUAAUUAUUGAAUGUUGAUUUUGAUGCUUUAAUAAAAAAUGGUUCGUAGUA